GCCACCUACUCACCAUCCAAAAUGGCGGCGCCCUGUGGUCCAGAUAUAAUUCCUGGAGUUGUAGUUGAAAAGCGUGAAACAAGCGAAAUGUUAUCCAAAAAAGCUGCGUCAAUGGCACCUUUGGCUCUGCGAAUCGUGGCCGAAUGUCCAGUGACCAAAGCCAGAGCCUGCGACCUCACGUUGCCACACUGUGUCGUGGAUACACCGGUGUUCAUGCCUGUUGGCACGCAAGGGACCCUCAAGGGAAUCACUGUAGAUCAGCUGGAAGCACUUGACUGUAAAAUCUGCCUCGGCAAUACCUACCAUUUGGGUACGAGACCGGGCCCUGAAUUAAUUGACAAAGCAGAUGGACUUCACGGUUUCAUGGGUUGGAAAAGAAAUCUGCUAACGGACAGUGGAGGUUUUCAAAUGGUGUCCCUUGUUGAGUUGUCAGAAGUCACAGAGGAAGGUGUUAAGUUUCGCUCUCCAUAUGAUGGAAAGGAAAUUCUCCUUACACCUGAAGAGUCGAUCCACAUCCAGAAUUGCCUCGGGUCAGACAUCAUGAUGCAGCUUGACGACGUGGUGAGCAGCACGGUGACGGGGCCACGAGUAGAGGAGGCCAUGCACCGCUCCAUUCGCUGGCUGGACCGCUGCAUGGCAGCCAAUAAGAAGCCUGACAAGCAGAACCUCUUCGCCAUCAUACAGGGAGGACUGAACGCUGAGCUUCGCAAAGUAUGCCUCGAUGAAAUGACAAAACGUGAUGUUCCUGGUUUUGCCAUUGGCGGGCUGAGUGGUGGCGAGGAAAAGGAUGAUUUCUGGAAGAUGGUGACCCUCAGUACUGACCACUUGCCUCGGUGUAAACCCCGCUACCUAAUGGGCGUGGGGUAUGCAGUGGACCUAGUGGUAUGUGUGGCACUUGGGUGUGACAUGUUCGACUGUGUUUUCCCCACUCGCACAGCGAGGUUUGGCUCUGCGCUGGUUCCUUGGGGGUCCCUGCAGCUCAAGACAAAGCAGUUUGCCAAAGACUUGCAGCCCAUUGAUGCAGACUGCCAGUGCCCAACCUGCAAGAGACACACGCGGGCCUACCUCCAUGCUCUACUCAAAUGUGACACUGCAGGAAUGCACCAUAUAACUGUUCACAACAUUUCCUACCAGCUUAAUCUGAUGCGUUCGGUGCGGCAGAGUAUAAUUGAGAAGAGGUUCCCUGAGUUCGUCAGGGCCUUCAUGAAGCGCAUGUUCCCUUCGUCGGAUCAGUACCCCCGCUGGGCUGUGGACGCUCUCGCCUCAGUAAACAUCACUCUGGACUAAAAUCACCUCACAAGCUGCCUGCCCAGCAGCUGUUCCUGCUGCUGUUGUUUCUGACAUUGAAGAAAAAUGGACCUCUGUUUUUAUCGAUCGGGACCUUUUUUGUUGAACUCAAAGCAAACAAUACUAAACACCCGCUCUGGAUUUUAAUCUGCAUUCCCCCUUUUUUCCCUUCAUCUUUUUAUUUUUAAGUUUUCUGGCUAGUUUUGUAUAUGUACUUACUUCUGAGGGGGAAAUGUUUUGCCCAUGCUGGGGGGUAUACGAAGACACUGGUUCAGUUGUAGACCUUGUGGUAGGGCUGUAUCAUGUAAUAGUAUGUCAUGUUGUAGUAGACUGGCCUGCAGUCUACAUUUUCUUAACUAAAUGAUGCCUGUGGGUACAUCUAUUCAGGGCUUUAAAUUAACACCAGCCAACAAGCCAAAUGCUGGUGAAAUUUUAGUUCGGCUCGUAGAAAACACCAACUUAUUAGCCACUUUGACCCAUUAGUAAAUGUCUGUUUGGCUAGUAAGGUUAACAUCUAUUAGCCAUUUUGGCUGGUGAUGAAAAAAUAAUAAUUUAGAGCCAUGCAUCUAUUAGCCUGGUUUAUCACUUAAUUAGGUUCUUCGUAUACCCCCCUGGGAAGAAGAGGUAAGCCAGGACUAAUGGCAUGUCAGGCAUGCAGACCUGUGGAAAAUUGUUUUAUGUAUAUUAAGACAAAACGAUUAACUUUCAUUUGCAGAUGUAUUUGUCUUUUAUACGGCAUUAUUAAUAACAUACCAUGUACUUAGACCUUCGUUUUCAGUUUUUUUUAUAUAUAUAUAUAAAUGCAAUUGGUCUGUGUUGUUAA